GACAAGAGAAGAAGUAUUACGAAAUGGGUCUCUAUUACUGCUACUACGUUGUUCUUUGCCUGGUAUUCGGGCUAGUGGAAAAGUUAGUGAACCUGUGCAAACUCGACGUUCUCGUGGAUUUUUUGGAAUCCAAUUUUGGACAUUUCAUAAUAGGAUUAAAUGAUACUCGUCCGAAGGAAACAGCACCAACGGAUAGCGUUAGCAAAUCAGAGGUUGAGCACUUGGCCAAAAUGGUUACUUUCUGGUGGGAUAAACAAGGACCCGCCAAAAUGUUACACACAUUUUAUCAAGUACGGGUACCUCUAGUCGUUGAAGGUUUGGCAGAAACCGGACGAAUUUCUAAAGCUGACGUUAGUAAGACUGACUCAUUGAAAGGAAUACGAAUUUUAGAAGCCGGAUGCGGUGGUGGAGUUUUAGCAGAGGACCUCGCUCGACUGGGAGCUUACGUGGUCGGCGUAGAUCCGGGUCAAGAGAUGAUAUAUCUCGCUAAAGAACAUGUUACCACCCAUUCGUCCAAACUGAAAGAUAGUGUGGAAUAUCACGCAAUCACAGUAGAAGAACACGCUAGAAAGUUCGCCGAAACAUACGAUGCAGUCGUUUGCUCAGAAGUGAUGGAGCACGUCGAUGAAAAAGAAUCGAUUUUAAGGGCUUGUGUCAAAUGUUUAAAGCCUGGAGGUUCUAUCUUUAUCACCACCGAAAGCAAAACAAUGCUUGCAUGGUUCCUCUGGAUCGUAACCGCAGAAUAUAUACUCAGAUAUAUACCGAAAAACACACAUUUCUAUGAAAAAUUUAUCAAACCAGAAGCUAUUUCUUCCAUACUCAGCAAAUAUGGAUGUCAAACGCAGCGAGUCCGUGGAAUUUUCUAUGAUCGGCCAUCCAACUCGUGGCGUUUCAUUGAAAACCAAUACUGUAACUAUGGAUUGCAUGCAGUUAAGAGAUAAAUCAACACUAUGCUGUUUAGAUUAUACCGGUCAAGUAGUAAUAGUUCACUAUUGAUCACAUGACUACGAAAAUAUAAAUUAAUUUCAU